AAUAAGUAAAGUUGUUAUAAAAAAUGCCGAGAUAUAGCAAAAUCAGAUCUCGAACUUCAUCUUCCUCUAGUGAAGACACUUGCUGGGAGAGGAAAAGAGAACCGAAACCGGAGUGGGAAUGGGAUCGUCAAAAUGCUGGCGACGAUGGCGAUGAACAGCAGACUCCAUCCGACUCGGAAAAUAAAACCAAGAAAUCACAUCAUGUCUGGCCUCCACAUUGGCACAAGGAGGCCAACGUUUAUUACGGCAUAAAAGGAAAAAAGUUGCGGUACUCCAGCGAGGCAAGAUCGGAUUACGAUAUAUUGAAUAGGCAAAAAUCAGCGGGAAAAGACGAGGCGGGCAAGGACGAGCCACCAGUCUAUCCCCAAGAGAAACCACAGAAACCAGCCAAGGAUCCGCAGCCACCAGCUAAAGAGGAUGUAGUUACAACUCUUCCGUUUGAGCACAUGCUCAUGUAUGUCAUUGGGGGCUACAUCUCGGGUAUUUUUUUGGUGCUCUUCUGGUACAUGUUCGACAAGAAGGCGGAUCGAGAUCUCAAUAUGAUGUGGCUGCUCAUCGUGCUCCUAGUGCUGCUCAUUUUAGUACUUUGCUGUAGUCACACGACGAGAUGCAUUGGCGCUCUGUUUUUUCCAAUCCUCGGUGGCUACAGAGGACGCCUGUUGCUCAUGACCUGGGCCUUUUACUUGGCUUUGACUGGACCCGUGAUGAAUAUCAUACGCAAUAUAGACAUCAUGAUACGCAGUGUGGCAUGUGAUCAGGGUUUGGUGCACAGUGCGCUAACUCCGCUGCAUCAGAUCAUGGGUGAACCCAUCUAUGUCGUGGAACAGUCCAUCUACAAUUGUUUGAAGCAAGUUCGGGCUCUAAUGGUGCGACUAGAUGAUGUGUUGCAGCGUCUAGAGACGCCCAUUGUGGGGUUGUAUACCAGCUAUAGCAGCUGCGGUGAAUGGUUGAGACAUCAGCAGAAUUUCUUUGACAAUCAAAUGGGCGCACCUUAUGAUCGUUGUUUGGGCGCUGGGAAUAUUAGCGUUCAGGAAUGUUUGGCCAAGUUUCCUGGAGAGAAAUCAGUUUGUCAUAUGGAAGAGCGUUUCGCUUGGUUCUGCUCGAAUCUCAAGGAUUUGGCCAGCUUCUUUGAUCCCUACAUGCAACAGCAUCAGGAGCUGGGCGAACAAAUGUUUACAAGACCCUUGGAGAGCUUUGACAACAUAAGAUCAAUUUUUGCGGUGAGCAUCACUUUUGAUCAUGGACAACAAUCGCCUGAAGAUGCUGUUCCAUCGAGCACUGAUGUUGAACUGGAACUGGGCAACGAGUUUGAUGCGGAGAUGAAAUCAUUUAAAUACAUCUUCUUAUGGCUUGAUUUGAUCAUCAUUGCGUUGAUCAUAUCUGUUUUGUUGGCUGCCAUCUAUUUUCGCGCCAACUUUUUGGGGCACGAAAAUUUUCUGAAUGUGUAUUUGACAACGCAGUUCUUUGCCCACAAUGAAGAGCAGAACAGAACUUUGGGUUACAGUGCAAUGCCAUUGCGAGCACAAGAGAAGAACAAGUAUGUGAAGCUUUCCGCCUUGCGACAUCUGGACUUUGAGUUGGAAAUCACUUAUGACUCUUGGAUGUUUAUGAUCAUCACAAGCUUGCAGCUUUUCAUCAUCUGCUUUGUGGAUGUCAGUCUUUUCUGGAUGUUGGCUAUAAUGUCAUAUCAUUCACAUCAAACGGCAGAUUUGCAACCUCCUGAGUAUACCAAAAUUCUGGUGGAAGGCGGCGGAAUGAUUGGCUUCAUUAUACGUAGCUUGGUCCAAUCCUUUGAGCCGUUGGCCAAGAGUUUAUUUGUGGAUGUUCAGCAUUGUUUGCCUUUGCCAGGACCUCCGAAAUAUAUGCGCUAUUGGGAGAUUAUGAUGUUGUGUUUAUUGACCUGGCUGUUGUUAAUCUUUGAUGGAUAUUCGCUGCGCACACGUCAUCUGAUCAUGGCCAGCUUCUAUCCACAGAAUAGCAAUAAAAGAGCGCAGUAUUUGCUGCAGCGUUUGAUGCGUGAGAGAGAUGUCUUUGUGUUGACCUCUCGACGCACAGCUCGUGCCAUAAAUGCCUAUAUCGAAGGAGAUUGCCAGUUGCAAGGCACAAACUUGUUCCAUGUUGUACUUUAUAGACUUUCCUGCGGUCGUUUUGGCGGCUACAAGAAGCAAAAAUGCAUCAUUUGCCAUGCCAAACUAACCAAAACUGAUACUGUGAAAUGCGAUACACCCAAGUGCAGAGGCAUUUAUUGUCAAACAUGCUUCAUUGAGUCAAAUUGUCAUUGCAUCAUCUGCAAUCCUCCAACUGUCUAUGGCGAUUACACUCAGUAUUCGGAAGUGGAGGAUUCUUCUGAUGAUCCUGAUAAUGAACCUUAUCGACCACAAAACAUUUACUGUGGCCAAACUUUUUCGGAGCGGCACAAGAGUGCUUAAACUUAACGUAAUGAGAUCUAUGAAAUGUUAAACACAUCAAAAUACAUAACAUACAUACUA